UGGAGAUUUUGAGUUACUCUUCCUCUUCUGAAACUACUACGUCCCACCUUCUCCACCAGGAAGGCUUCCCAGCUAUGCUCUAAUCCAUCCUCUCUCUCCCUCUCUCUCUCUCUCUCGCACCCUCUGUUUCUCUCUCUAUGGGGAAGAAAACCCAGUUGGGAAGAAACAACCGUUUUCUCCUCCUAAAUCUCUUACCCCUCUUCUCCAUCUUCCUCUCUGCACACCCCCAAGAGCUAACCCCUGAUGCUCCUGUAAUGUUGGCUCUCAAACAGAGCCUAAACCCAUCUGAAUCCCUUGGCUGGUUGGACCCCAACCCUUGUAAAUGGAACCAUGUCCUCUGCUCCGACGAUAAUCGAGUCACUCGGAUCCAAAUCGGUCGCCAAAAUCUCCAAGGUACGCUUCCUUCCAAUCUCCAAAACCUCACUGCUUUAGAGCGAUUAGAGCUCCAAUGGAACAAAAUCUCUGGCCCUUUGCCCACCUUGAGUGGAUUGAGCUCUUUGCAAGUGAUUUUGCUUAGUGGGAACCAGUUUACUUCCAUUCCGGCUGAUUUCUUCGCCGGAAUGAGCUCUCUUCAGGCUGUCGAGAUCGACGACAACCCCUUUUCGGCUUGGGAGAUUCCGGCGAGCCUUCGAAAUGCUUCCACUCUACAGAACUUCUCGGCUAACUCUGCGAAUGUUUCCGGUCGGAUUCCGGAGUUUCUUGGCGGUGAGGACAUUCCAGGGCUGACUAAUUUGCAUCUUGCUUUUAAUAACCUUGAAGGGGGUCUUCCUUCUAGCUUCUCAGGGUCUCAAUUAGAGUCUCUGUGGGUUAAUGGACAAAAGAGUGUGGAUAAGCUUAGUGGGAGUAUUGAUGUUUUGCAGAAUGUGACUUCCUUGAGUGAAGUUUGGUUGCAUUCGAAUUCGUUUUCUGGUCCCUUACCGGAUUUUUCAAGGUUGAAGGAUUUGCAGGUGUUGAGUUUGAGAGAUAACAAGUUUACAGGCCCUGUUCCAAGUUCUUUAGUGAAUUCUGAGUCCUUGAAAGUGGUGAAUUUGACUAAUAACUUGCUUCAGGGUCCAAUUCCUCUGUUUAAAACAGGGGUUGCUGUGGAUAUGACUAAUGGUUCCAACAGCUUUUGUUUGACAGAUCCUGGGGAGUGUGAUUCACGAGUGAAUACAUUGCUUUCCAUUGUGAAAUUUAUGGGUUAUCCUCAGAGAUUUGCAGAGAAUUGGAAGGGAAAUGAUCCAUGUGCUGAGUGGAUUGGAAUUUCUUGCAGGAAUCAGAGCAUAACCAUUAUAAACUUUCAGAAAAUGGGGCUUUCUGGUGUGAUUUCUCCAGAGUUUGCCUCUCUUAAGGGGCUGGAAAGAUUGGUUCUUGCUAAUAAUAACCUCACAGGCUCUAUUCCUGAGGAGCUUACAACUCUUCCGUUUCUAACUGAGUUGGAUGUUUCAAACAAUCAACUUUCUGGGAAGAUCCCUAAGUUUAGGAGUAAUGUGAUGAUAAGCACUAAUGGCAAUCCUGAUAUUGGAAAAGAAAAGGGUGAUUCUUCUUCGAAUGGUGGUCCAUCGUCUGGAAGUUCACCUGGGACGAAGGGAGCGGGUUCUAAUGGUGGUGGAAACUCGGAGGACGGGGAGAAGAAACCUAGUUCCAUGGUUGGAGUCAUUGUGCUUUCUGUAGUUGGUGGUGUAUUUGUUCUUUUCUUGAUUGGGUUGGUGGUUUUGUGUGUGUAUAAAAUGAAGCAGAAACGGUUUAGCCAGGUGCAAAGCCCGAACGCUAUGGUUGUUCAUCCACGGCAUUCAGGUUCCAAUAAUGAGAGUGUAAAGAUCACGGUUGCUGGAUCGAGUGUUAGUGUAGGUGCAAUUAGUGAAACACAGUAUGGUGCUAGCAGUGAGGCUGGUGAUAUUCAAAUGGUUGAAGCAGGGAAUAUGGUGAUUUCAAUUCAGGUAUUGAAAAACGUCACCAACAAUUUCAGUGAAGAGAACAUUUUGGGACAGGGAGGAUUCGGAACCGUCUACAAAGGAGAAUUGCACGACGGGACGAAGAUUGCAGUGAAGAGAAUGGAAUCAGGAGUCAUUAAAGGCAAAGGACUUACAGAGUUCAAGUCCGAAAUUGCAGUUUUGACAAAAGUUCGGCACCGACAUCUCGUCGCCCUUCUCGGAUACUGCUUGGACGGAAACGAGAAGCUUCUUGUCUAUGAGUAUAUGCCUCAAGGCACACUUAGCAGGCAUCUUUUCAACUGGCCAGAAGAAGGAUUAAAACCUUUGGAAUGGACAAAGAGGUUGACCAUUGCAUUGGAUGUUGCAAGGGCAGUUGAGUAUCUUCAUGGUUUGGCUCAUCAAAGCUUUAUACAUAGAGAUUUAAAGCCUUCAAACAUUCUUCUUGGAGAUGAUAUGAGAGCUAAGGUUGCAGACUUUGGUCUUGUGCGUCUAGCUCCUGAAGGUAAGGGUUCUAUCGAAACGAGGAUCGCCGGGACCUUCGGAUAUUUGGCACCAGAAUAUGCAGUUACCGGUCGAGUAACAACCAAAGUUGAUGUAUUCAGCUUUGGUGUGAUUCUAAUGGAGCUAAUCACUGGGAGAAAGGCACUCGACGAGAGCCAACCUGAGGAGAGCAUGCAUCUCGUAACUUGGUUCCGUCGGAUGCAAAUCAACAAGGACUCCUUCCACAAGGCCAUUGAUCCGACCAUUGAUCUCACUGAAGAAACAUUCGCCAGCAUCAACACCGUGGCUGAGUUGGCAGGUCAUUGUUGUGCCCGGGAGCCAUAUCAAAGGCCAGAUAUGGGUCACACAGUCAAUGUAUUAUCAUCUCUUGUUGAGUUUUGGAAACCAACUGACCAGAACUCUGAAGAUAUAUAUGGCAUUGACCUCGAGAUGUCGUUGCCUCAAGCUCUCAAGAAAUGGCAGGCUUAUGAAGGUAAAAGUCAAAUGGAAUCGUCUUCAUCAUCCCUUCUUCCCAGCUUUGACAACACUCAGACCAGCAUACCAACACGACCAUAUGGAUUUGCAGAAUCUUUCACAUCUGCAGAUGGGAGAUAAAAAACUAUUUCUAGUGUAAAAGGUCAUCUAUGGUUUUGCAAGUUAUUCUCAUUUACUUCUCUUGCAAAACAGUGUUUAUAUGUAAUAGUUCUCGACCCUUCAUAUUCCUCCAAAUUUCUAAUGUGUCUCCGUAUGAAUGUGUAUUAGUGUUUUGAACCAGAAAAGACUGAAAAGAUGGGGGAAGGGAUAUUUAGAUUUAUCCCUUUAACUGUAAAAGAUUUUGGGUGCACCUUGUUAGAAUUAAAAGCUCCAUUCUUGU